UGGCAAUAGCAUCAUCCUCUGCUUUCUCAGCAUUGAUUGCACCACAGCAAGAGCUCUUUGAAGGUUAGACAGAUGAAUGAAAAAGGCAAGCCAGAGAGGUUAGCUUCAGUUGCAGAGCUAGCCCGUGCUGGAGGACUGGGGCCUGAAGCCCUCACACUGUGCUGAAUGAGAGAAAUGUGAGCUAGCUGCAGUACUGCGGUGCUGCUGCAGACAGCACUGCCAUCAGAGGUAAACAGAAGACUCAGAGAGACAGAGCCAGAGCGAGAAAGCAAACUGCAGAGCAGCCACUGCCCUUACUAACAACACGGAGACACACACUUUGCUGGAGGAGGGAAGACCGUGUUCAAUUAGAAGCUGGAAGCGCCAGAUCAUCUCCGAGUGCAGGUAAUGUGAUUUGAGCGAGCAUCUCCAGGCUCCCUGCUCCCUGCCUGAGCAAUUCCUUCAGUGGGUGAGCGCUACUCACUCAGUAUUGUCACAGAGGCUUCAUCUGGAACAUGUUUGCACUGCGUGCUUCAUAUUGCAGCAUUCACUGCCGUUAGGAGGUUGAGAGGAAGAGAAGUCAGACUUUGCUGUCGUAAAGCUGACACUGACAGCACCUGUCAGCCUCGCUCGAUAAAUAUCAGUGUUUGGAACUGAUGAAGGCUGUGCAGAAGGUUCGGGAUGCUUCCUGCUGACUGUGUUGCAGCCUGACUCUUGUGAAUGGGAAGUGAAAGGUCCUGGCGUACAGAGGGAAGCCUGCAAGGUGCAGACAUGGAUAGUCGGUGUGGUGAGUACAGCCCCAGCCUGUGAAUUGGGCUACCCAGCUGCAGCUUGGGCACUUGCAUCCUCCCCUAUGGCGUGCCUGAAACAGCAGCAGGCCGCCAUCAAGAUGGAGGCAGUGAAGAUUGUGCCGGCGGAGAAGUUUGCGGACUGCCCAAGCUCGCAGGCCCGCUAUGGGCCCUCGCAGUGCUCCCGGGACCCCCCGCUCGUUGGGAAAUGUGCCUGGCCCCUGGAGUCGGAGAUCAUCGCAAACCAGGCCUGUGCCGAUGUCCCUGCCCUGGAGAAGGCGCGGAGCCCCAGUGGGCUGGCCAGGACUCCGCCCCGUGCUGAGAAGUUUAGCCAGGGCCACCGCAAGGCCAGCGCUGAGAUGUGCUACCACCGGCAGACGCCGUCGGACGAGGUCAUUGUCAACCAGUACGUGCUUCACCAGUCCGCCACCGCGGAGCCUCUGGAAUGUCCCACGUGCGGUCACGUGUACAACGCUACCAACAAGCGCCCCCGCAUCCUCUCCUGCCUGCACUCGGUGUGUGAAGAGUGCCUACAGAUCCUCUAUGAAUCCUGCCCAAAGUACAAGUUCAUCUCCUGCCCUACUUGCCGCCGGGAAACCGUCCUCUUCACUGACUACGGCCUGGCUGCUCUGGCCGUCAACACCAGCAUCCUCGCCCGACUGCCAGCUGAGGCCCUCACCGCCAACCCAGGCCAGUGGGGUGGGGAGGCAGACCGCAGCUGCUAUCAGACCUUCCAGCAGUACUGCGGGGCAGCCUGCAGCUGCCAGCUCCGAAACCCACUGUCCUCCUGCACCAUCAUGUAGAAGGCCCUGGUCACAAAGUUGCACUUGCAGCCAACAGGAGAAGGAUUACUCCAAGACUGAACAACUUGCUGUGUUUUUGCAGCACCCUUUAUGGUAAAUUACCUAUGACAAUUAUCUCAUCUGGGAGUUUCUGUGUUUUCUGUGAAAUCAAAGGUAUCCAAUUCAGACUGGCAAGUAUUAUGCUGUCCUGAUAAUUUUGCUUGAGAGCAGCAUUGCUAAGCUACCUGCACAAAUUUGACUCUGACCUCGGAACUGCUUUCUCCACCCCAGUAUUAUACAAUGCCUAAAACCAUCGCCAAUGCAUCGUCUUAAAAUGAUGCCUGCUACUGUUCAGUAAAGCUUAAUAUGUUCUAGGUCCAUGCUUCAGUAUUCAGACCCAUUCCAGCCCAGGCUCAGUCCUCAACCAGGGUGUUGAAUCUGCAAGGGCAUAUUUUUUUAAUCUAAAUUUUAGAAUUUGGUCUUUAGAUGGAGAGGAAAGGGUUUCACAGCACUUAAUUUUAACUGCAAGCGUCCUUGUCUAAGCCACAGACUUGUGGCUAACUUCCCUGACGUCAAAAGCACGUUGUAAGCGUUUUUGCAGUUUCAGCCCAAAGUAGCACCAUGUGUGAGCACACCCAGCAGUCUGUAGCUCUGGCGAAGCCGAACAGAAAAGGGUUAAAGUCUACUUGUCUCCAGAUCAGCCAUCAGUCAGAGUAACCAGAUCAUGAAAGCAGCUUUCACCAGAGGAUUGUGAUUAUUUUAACUCCUUCCCCCACCCCAAACAUCUGGUCCUUGACUCCAUGCAGCCAAUGACACAUCUAGGGCACAACAUGAUGGACAUGUCCUUGUCUUCAUCAUUAGAUACUGUGUAUGGAGCACCUGCUGCCAAAGGUCACAGUGCUUGGAGUCGCCAUGAACAGCGCUAGGAACAUAAAGAAUGUUUCUUUAUUGAUUGUAUUCUGUGAAUAAACUAUAUCACACCUUC